GUUAUUAGAGCUCCUGCAGACAUGAAAUAACCUUGUGUUGAUGUUAGCAUCUGACUAAACUAGUAGACAUGGUGGAGGAACGCUCUACUUUCACUUUGGUCUACCGGCUUGACUUGUGUGGAGCUGCUAGACAUCUCUGGUAGGAGGAGCUUCCCCUCACGGCAUCAUUUGUUGUCCUGUGGAGAACCCCCCCCCCACGCCAGGCCGGCCAUAGACUGUCCCAGCAGACGACACCGAGGACCUCCAUGUCUCAGGAGAAGGGAAGGGAAGCCCGAGGAGGAGGAGAAGGAGAAGAGGAAGAGGGGCAGCGUCCUGCGGUCAGACAGGAGGACCUGGACCAGGCAAAGAAGAACCUUGGCAGCGGAGGACCAAAGAAGAGUAAGACGCUGCAGGUCAUGGAUGAGUACGAGAAAAGCGGGAAAGUUGCUCCAUCCGUCUUCAGCGGCGCGAGGUCAGGAGGAGAAACGGCUUUGAACACGCGCUCAUCCCCACCCGCCAGGAAGUAGAUGAUCACUUCCUGUUUCCUGUCGCCGGUCCGCCUCUGAGGCAAGUUUGUUUGUGUGCUUAGAUUGUGCAUUUAGGGCUGAUGUAGUACAUUUUGAGAUAACCGAAAUCUUACAAAUUGCGAUCAGUGUGACACAUGAACAGUAAUAAACAUUAUAUGACAGUGUCAAUCAAAAGUCAGCAUUUUUGAUACUGCUAACAUUGGAUCUUUCAUGUAAUCCAUUGCGUUUAUCAAAUCAUAAUAAAUGAUGGCUGUUUGGUGGGUGUUUUAUUAGUCCAGAGAUAUAGAAAUACAAGUUAUAUCAAGUAUUGCUAUGAGAUAGCGUUAGUUAGCAUUAGCUUCCACAGUGCAUGGAGCCUGGCUACUAAGCUAGCAGAGAGGACACCGUGGCUCACAUCGAAGGAUAAGAACAUCUUUUAAUUCCUCUUCUCAUGCCUUUUUCUCAUAUGUCGUCGUUCCUCCAUCGGAAAAUUGUAAGUAAUUGUAAUUGUAAUUGUAAAGUUUGUCUUGACUAAAUUGGCUAGGUAAACUAGUUAGCUAGCUCGCUAGAUCCUAUGCUACAUCUUUGAUAUCCCUGCAGUGAUCCCGUAGCACGUGCUCGGUGUGACGUAAGCAAUGGAUAAUGGGAUGUUAACGUGACCAUUGGGGUGUUAUAUCACGUCUACAGGGAGCUAAUAAUGCUAACCCCCCAGGUUGUCUGUGCACUAACGAUGAAAACAUCACAUUAAUAUGAACUGGAGUUAAUUGAAGUGAAGUUAAUAAAUGUAUUAAACCACAGUCUUGGGAGGAAAAAAAAACAUUUUAGUCAGUAAAAGCACAAGUAGUCCAAUGCUUGUUAAUCUUCAUCUCCAUCCAUCUAGAAGAUGGCUCGUGAUGAAGAUACAGCUAUAACAAUAGAAAAAAAAUCCAAAGAACAAGCAAACAGACUUGGCAUCAGCUGAGCCCUCUGUCACGUUUUCAUUUCAUAAAUUUGUGAUGCUGAUCUUGGAGGAUUUUAGCGGAGGACUUGGCGUCAUAGAAGAGCUCGUUGAUCUCCUCGACCUGCUCUCGCUCCACCGUCUCUUUGCCCUGAACACGACCCAGCAGGCUGGCCGGGGUCAGCAGCUGGACGGCAUAC